GAUACACACAGUUUGCAAAGUUCAGCCAUGUUCAUGUUGGAAGUUGAUACAAUGAUGUUUUAUUUGGAACUUUAAUCAUUAUUCUGGAAUUAACAACUUACCUUCGAUAGUAACAUGGUUAUAUUUUUACCUGAAGUUAUUAAAAGGAGGUGAUUAGCCGUCUAAAAUAUAUUUUAGGAACGUCGGGGCUCUGGAAUUUGAAGCCUGUCGACAGAUUUUGUAUUUCUGGAUAAUAUAUUUUUUUAACCAAAAAUGGAGACACUAGACACAAGGUAUGUGGAUGUGGAGCAGCAGUUGCGGGACCCCCGAUCCUUGCUUCAUGUGGACGCAUUAUUGGAUGGUAUGGCAGCAAUGGUGAAUGACUGCAAUGUUCCAGCUGUUAAGAGGAGUAAAAACGUUGAAACAUUCCUAUCACGUUAUAGCAAUCAAGUUUCUAUAGUGCAACAGAAGAGGGUUGGAAAAAAUGAUUUUGUUUUUCAUAAAGUUAUUGGCAGAGGGGCAUUUGGUGAAGUCCAAGUUGUGCGGGAAAAGGGUUCUAAGAAAGUAUACGCUAUGAAAAUGUUAAGCAAGUUUGAAAUGAUUAAACGAUCUGAUUCAGCGUUUUUCUGGGAGGAGAGAGAUAUAAUGGCACAUGCUAACAGUGAAUGGAUCGUUCAGCUUCAUUAUGCGUUCCAAGAUGAGAAGUUCCUAUAUAUGAUAAUGGAUUAUAUGCCUGGAGGUGACCUUGUCAAUCUUAUGAGUAACUAUGAUGUGCCUGAGAAAUGGGCGAGGUUCUACACCGCCGAGGUGGUCCUCGCGCUCGACGCAAUUCAUUCCAUGGGCUUUAUCCACAGGGAUGUGAAGCCUGACAAUAUGUUGCUAGAUGCCAAUGGCCACCUCAAGCUAGCAGACUUUGGCACUUGUAUGGCCAUGGAUAAGAGUGGAAUGGUGAGAUCUGAUACAGCUGUAGGCACUCCUGAUUAUAUCUCUCCCGAAGUCCUCAAGUCUCAGGGAGGCGACGGUCAUUAUGGCCGUGAAUGUGAUUGGUGGUCAGUUGGUGUAUUUCUCUAUGAGAUGUUAGUUGGAGAUACGCCAUUCUAUGCAGAUUCACUCGUUGGUACUUAUGCAAAGAUUAUGGAUCACAAGAAUUCGCUCAGUUUUCCUGAUGAUGCUGAAGUCUCAUUCAAAGCACAAAAACUCAUCCGAGCCUUCCUAACCGACAUGGACUCAAGACUUGGUAAACGAGGGGUCUCAGAAAUCAAACAACAGUCGUUUUUUAAAAAUGAUAUGUGGACUUUCGACAAUAUUAGGAAUACCGUGCCUCCUGUUGUGCCAGAGUUAUCCCAUGAUGCGGAUACUAGUAAUUUUGACGAGAUUGAAAUGGACAACAAAGCUGAUGAAACGUUUGCAGUUCCAAAGGCCUUUGCGGGAAAUAACUUACCAUUUGUGGGGUUCACCUUCAAUAGACAAAAUCAAAUGUUCGCAUCACAAGAUUCGGCUGAUCGUCCAUCAGUGACAAAUUCAGAUGUUUCAAAGGAGUACAAGAAGAAAAUGAAGGAGUUGUCGGAGCAACUGGAGCAUGAGCAACAAACACGUAGCGAAUAUGAGCACAAAUACCGGUCCGGACUAGUCAAGCACGACAAACUUCUCAGGGAUUUAGAAAGUGAGAGUGAACACAGACGGAGAGUUGAAGAUGCCAACAUGGAUCUUCAAAAACAAGCUGUGCAACUAAGACAUGAUGUCAAAGAGUAUCAAAGGAAAGCAGAAUAUGAAUCUGAGAAUAAGCGAAAAAUUGAACAACGUAUUUCCGAACUGGUUCAUUAUAAAGAUUAUGUAGCUCCCGACUUGACAGAGAAGGCUACCUCAUUAGAAAAACAGCUUGAGAGCACAAGCAAAAAGCUACAGACAGAGGUGGAAAAUAGCAAUAGACAGAAAAAGAUACUUAGUGAUAUACAAAAGGCUCACACACACCUGGAGCAUGAACACUCUGAUUUGUGUGAAAAAAACCGAGUGUUAUCAGACACAAAGAACGCAUUAGAGAAAGAUAUCAUGACUCUACAUAGCAACCUGGAUGAUGAAAGGAAUAUGCUAUUUCAUGCAAAUGAAGUGAAGAAAGAACAAAAAGAGCGGAUAUCAUUUUUGCAAUCAGAGAUUAAAGACACAGAAAACAGACAAAUAGCCGAACAACAGAAACUUCAAGAAAGUAUAAUUUUAUUAGAAAAGUCCAAAGCCAAUAGUGAGUAUGAUCUAAAAACACUGCAGCGAAUGUAUGACCAGACACAGUUAGAGCACAAGGCAGAGGUUGCCUCAUUAAAGGCCGAAAAGAAACGUAUGCACAGGAGCCCAGAUAAUAAUGAUGUAACAAUCGCAGAUUUAAAACGACAGUUGGACGAGGAACGAUCAAGCCGUAAUAACGUUGAGCGCAAAUGGCACGAAUCAGAGAAAGAUAAAUCAAUGCUAGAAUUGGAGAAACAACAGUAUCAGUCACAGGUGCAACGUAUAGAAGAACAGAACCGAGACAUGAGACAAAAGCUAAAUGCAUACGAGAAACAGUUAGAUAACGAGAAACAAUUGCGAUCUCGUCUCGAGCAACAGAUCGUUACUCUGCAGAAGGCGGAGAAAAAUAUGAAGAAGGAACUACAAGAACUCAGGGAGGAGAAAAACCGGUUGACAGAACAAGUUGAUAAAAGCAGAUAUAAUUAUUCUCAUGCUCAGCUACAAGUCAAGGAGUUACAGGAACAACUUGAAACUGAACAACAUUUUACAUCACUUUACAAGAACCAGAUCGUGGAAAAUAAUGAUGAAAUAGAGGAGAUUGAGAAACUAAAAGAAAAAUACCACCAAGACAGCAUUUCAUUCCGCAUGGAGAAGGAUUCGCUGUCAGCCCAGCUUGAGCUUGCCCUAACCAAAGCCGACUCGGAGCAGCUUGCCCGAUCAAUAGCAGAGGAGCAGUAUUCAGAACUUGAGAAAGAGAAGACGAUGAUGGAGCUGGAAAUCAGAGACUUGCGACAGCGACAGAAAGCAGAGAUAAACGAGAAAAAUACCCAAAUAAGCAAACUGGAAGGUUCUCGAAAAGAAGCUGAGGAAAGGUACAACCAAUUGAACGAUAAAUUGUCGAUUGCAACCUCUGAGAAAGAAACCCUUGUCCAGCAGUUGAAGAAUGCAGUUGAAGAAAAAGAGUUAUUUAUAAAUCAGACAUCCAGCUCUGCAUCUAAAAUUGGACUAUUUACGAAACAGCUAGAGCAAGAACGUCAACUAAAAAUACAGGCUGUGAACAAAUUAGCUGAAGUAAUGAACCGAAAGGAUUUCAGCAAGAAAAAUAACAAAGUGAAUUCUGCUGAUCUCAGAAAGAAGGAGAAAGAAUGCCGUAAGCUACAACAAGAGUUGAAUCAAGAGAAGGAAAAGUAUGGUAAAAUGGUGACCAAGUAUACAAGGGAAUUGUCAGAUAUGCAAGUGGCUUACCAAGAAGAACUACAGAAACGUAACUUAAAUGAAAUGGAAUUGGCUAGCAAAGAGAGUGAGAUGGAAGUAAUGGAGAACAAACUUAAGUUGCUGCAGUUCGACUCUACCAGUCUCAACAGUGUCAAUGAUAUUGAAUCUGAGGAUUCAAGGUUAGAAGGUUGGCUUGAAAUCCCCAACAAGGGAAACAUUAAGAAACAUGGUUGGUUGAAAAAAUAUGUAGUCGUCAGUACAAAGAAAAUGCUGUUCUACAACAACGAGGAUGACAAGACAGCUAAUACACCAACACUGGUGCUGGAUCUUGACAAAUUGUACCAUGUUCGUGCAGUGACCCACGGUGAUGUUAUCAGAGCAGAUAUUAAGGACGUACCACGCAUCUUCCAAGUCUUAUACGCUGGAGAAGGGGAGUGUCGAAAACAGGAAGAGGGACAAUCAAUUGUUGCAAAGACCGACAGAGCAAAUAUUGUUGAGUUCAAAAACCAUGAGUUCAUUGUUGUGUACUUCCACAUGCCAACAAGUUGUGAGUCAUGUAACAAACCUCUGAGUAGUAUUGUCAGACCCCCAGCAGCAUUGGAAUGCCGAUUGUGUAACAUGAAACUUCAUAAAGAACAUCAUGAUCGAGGUGAAGAAGUUAUUCCUCCAUGCAAAGUGGCAACUGACGUCAACACAGCAAGAAACCUAAUUGUGCUUGCAGCUAACAAGGAUCAACAACAGCUGUGGAUUAAGAAAUUAAGUCGUAAAAUCCCCUCCAAAGUGAAAACAUUACCAUAUAAUUCUCCCAGAUUUUCCACCUGUUUGUUGUAAAGUGUUAAACAUCUGUAAGACAUCUUCAAGUGGCCAAGAGCUGCCUCUUACCAAUCCAUGAGAAUCACCAGUAGCUCCUCAACAAAGAACUUGAUUCAGUCUUCCUCUUCCUUCAAGAGAUAGCUACUCAUCUGGAAACAUACCUGGCUUAGCUUUAUGGAUGGAGAAAUAUCCCUUUAAACAUUUAUACUGCACUCACCAAGAAGAAUUUCACUGAUAACAAGAAAUCUCCCUUUAAUCUGAAAUUUUUAUAUUAAUACAGUAUUUCUUACUUUUUUGUUAAAAUCUGAAAAUGAUGGAUUCUUGUUUUUCUGUGAAAAGACAACAUUUUAAACAUAGUAUUUAUUGUAUGAUUUAUCAAUAUUUAAUGUGUUCCAUUAUCAAAACUAACAGAUAAAGGGACAUAUGAAGUUGAAUCCAAUGGGGCAACUUUAUUCCUGGAAUGGUAAAUUAGUUGUUGGAUUCAAUGAUGUAACUUACUUUAAAAUGACAUCAAUGGCGUACUUCUGAAUGUUAUAGAUCAAUGCUUGAUCUAUAUACUCAAAUUAUUAUAGGUUUGAUAUUUACCACUCUUAUCUUGUUUGAAACACACAGUGAUGUUUGUUUGUACAACUGACACUCAAAUGUAAUUUAAUGAUUUUAUGAUGUACUAUAGUUUUUUGUUUAUAUUUUUUCCUUGUUUGCAUUCAAAAACAGGUCUAUGUAUGCAUCCAUGCGGCUCCCGAGAUCACCUCGGUUUAUUCAAGCAACAAAGUCUUUCAGAAAGUAAAUAUAUUAUACAAUGGCAUGAAAAAUCAACUUGUUAAAACCAGUACUACUGUAAUUACAUUUACUGGAUUGAACUGGCUAAACUGUACCAGUUUAAACUAGUUUGAACCAGCUAAAUAUGUAUCGCAAUCAAUAAUAUGAUGUGCGUUAACUUCACCUUGCUUCAUUGAUACUAUAUGCACGAUUUUAACCUAGCUAAAAAUGGUAUAUGGUUUUCUAAAACAAUUGGGUUUUUUAUCUUUCAAUUGAUAAAACAGUUGAUUUUUCUUGCCAUCAUAAUCAUGAAAGCUUGAAGAAAUUUUAGAUGCAUGAGAUUUAAAUUAUGAAUGAAAUAUUAAUAAUCCUUCUGCAUCUUGUGGAUUAACUUAAUCAUUCCAGAACAUUAUUUGCUUGUCAAUUCAAACAAGAAUGAAACAUUAACCAAUUGGAAUUUAUUAUAUAAAUGAAAAAUGAAAAGAAUGUUAUUUGCAAGAAUAUCUUCAAGCAUUGCAUGACAGAGACUUCAGACUUAAUAGUCCCAUGUGGUGUACAAUAAAAUGAGUCACAAAAUCUGCUGGGAUUGCACAGACGGACGGUGCUAAACACAAUGUGACACAGGUGGUACGUUUAAAUUAUAGAGGAAUUUACUCCGGUCAUGUUCUGGCUGACAUUUUUGAAAAACAUGUACUUUGUAUUUGUGGUUAAAUCUUAUUUCUCAUAAUUCAAUGCCGUUUAAUAUAUCACUGUGUCACAUUGGCAUAUUUGAGCACUAACUAGAAGUAAGCACAUAGAUGUGAAGUGCAACAAAACUCAACAGAAACUUCAUUCAAAUAAAUUUGUUUUGGAUUGAAUUGAAAGUCACUGGGAAAAGUCAAUUUCAAACUCUUAUUUAAACUCAAAUCCCUUAUGAUUUAGAAUUCUGUUUUCUGUUUUAGUGACAAGACUGUAGUUUCUUCAAUAUGAAAUCAGUUGUUUAGUUUUAAAGACUCCUAAAAUAUCUACUUUUUUCAAUUCAUAUUUAGGACAACAUUCUUUUUUUUAUUUUAUUAAAAACACACAGCUGUACUCUAUUUUCUCAGAUCUCUCAAAAUAACAUCAUUAUAUAUCACUUUAUUCAAAAUCUCAUCUAGUAGUGGCCAAAUGCCAAAUUGUAUGUUAUUAAUACAAAAUAUUUAAAAGCAGUUACAAUAUUUGAAAACAGUAACAAUAUUAAAAAAUGCAAAACAAUUGUUAUAAUUUAGUUCUAAAGACACAUAAAAAUCUUGUUUUGGUAAUUCUUCAAGGAGGUUUAUGCUUUAUUUUGAAAGACACUCCAUAAUUUGAUAAAUUUAAUUUUUUAAAACAAAUAGAACCUUAUUAAUAUUAACAUUCACCACACAUGUAUUUCCACUAUUUCCUUUGAGCCACCUCAAAAAGUUCCAUCCAUUCUCUGCCAUUAGGCUUCUUGCUUCUGUUCUGCCAGUCUUCUGUCAUCAGUCCUCUCAUAUACUUUCUAAUUGUCAUCACGUUUUGUAGAUUCAUGUCAAGUAGCACUUGCAAAGAAAAAAGUGAUUGAUUGACUGACAGAUUUACAUUUUAGAUAGCAGCAAAUAAACACUAACCUCCACAAGCUUUGAAAAUAUUUUAAUUUAUUUUUUUUUAAUAAGUUAAUAAUGGCAAAUAAAUUGGUAUUAAGAAUUGCUUCAAAAAAUAACCAGGUUGAGGAAAGUCAUACUAGUGUCAUUAAACGUCAUUGUUUUAACACAAAGUACAGUAAAACAUAGGAAGGUAAUACAAUCUCAGCGUUUUUAUAUUCUUGAAUAUUACCUAAACUCUUGUGUAAAUUAUUUGUUGAUGAGUAAAUUAUAUUCAUUUUAAGAAGAUGUAUAAAGCAUUCAUACAUGACAUACAUUUGCUCAGUAUAAUUUAAUGAAAUUAUUUGCAAGUACCUUGUAUUGUUUUGUUUUUCUGCAUCUGUGUAGUUUAUUAUUAAACAAAUUGUCUGAAUCUGAACUGUAUUUAUUGUCAACAUGAUAAAAAUCUUUUCAAUACAAUAUUUUUACAAAAUUGUAAUUUUAUUAAUAUCAUAUUAUUAUUAUUAUUAUUACUAUUAUUAUUGUUAUCAUCAUUGUAAAAAAUGUAAUGCGCAAUUCCUUACUGUGAAUACUAUCUUUUAAGUUGAUAGUAACAGUAAUAAUGAUAAAGACAAUAUAACAAUAGUUAUAAUUAUCAGACAGGUGUUUGGAAUUCACUAUGUUAUAAGAACAAAAUAACAGUUUCAUUGGGGUAAAAUGAAUUAAGUAAACUGGUAUAGGCAUAAAGAAAAUAGAACAUUUUCUCUAUGUUGUAAGUAAGUUCCUGAUAUGUGUGUUUUUUGUGUUCAGGAAAUAUAACCCACAAUGCAUUUUGACAAAGACAGCUUUAAGUUGAUGAAUUCCAUUCCAAAUUAACCUAAAGCAAGGUUAAGGCCAUCAUUCCAUUGAUAAAGAGAAAGUGUUUGUUUUUUAAAUAUGACAAUUUGUCUACUAAGCCACAGAAAGUGUGAAAAUGGCAGUUGAGGAAUGACUGAAUAUUUUAAAGAAGAUAUACUUAGUAUGGCAACAUGCAACCAUUUUACAUCUCAAAGUUAGAUCGUCAUCAAAUGAGAGUAAUUAAUUUCACAAGGUAUUUUGAUUCUGAAAUUAGUCAUUGUAAUUAUUAUAUGAUAAGUAUUAUAUUGAAAGAGGUUCCACUUUGCUGAUUCUGUAUGCAUAAAAUACAGAAAUUUUGCAAAACCAUACCAACAAUUAGCAAACAUCUCAACAAGAAACCGUAUCAUUGUUUCAACGCUGCAUGUUUAUGUCGAAGUUCAAAUCAUGUUAACAAAUAGGGGCACUACAGAGCAUGUACACAAUGAAUAUUCAUUAUGCCUUCUGUUUGCAAAAUGUUUUUUUCAAAGGAUUAGUAGUUGAUACGCCUUGACCUUUGACACAGCCAUGUGAUGUUGAAACUACCGGAGACUUAUUUUCUGGUAAAUUAAGUUGAACCUCUUUCCCGAUAUUUGGUUUUAAUCAUUUAUAUUUCCGAUUUAUAAUAAUUAAGUUUAGAUGUAGAUACAGGCCAUGUGUAACAAAGAGAAGUCAUUUAUAUUAUACAUUAUAUAUGCUAUUAAAUUUUGUAUUUAUUGGUUAUAAGAUCAUGGAGCCAGCUCUAUGUAAUAAUUAUAUUUCAUUCAGAACUUUUUUGUGAGUGUGUGUGAGAAAACAAUGAGCUUUUAUAGUCUUGUACAGCAUCCCUGUCAUACAUACCCUGAUAACUGUGUAGAUAACUUGCAGAUAUUUUCAAAUUGUCAAUAUUUUUUCAAUGUUAAAUUUAGUGUUUAAACAUAAUAUUAAAUAUUAGUGUUUAAUAAUUUUUUGAACCACCUUCAUAAUAUUGUUAUGCAAAUAAGCAUCAUAGCUUUAGUAUUGAAUGUAAAAAAGAUGUACGUGCCGUUGAAGAAAACCUUGGUAAUAUGUUUAUAGAUUAGACUCACUGCAGCAUAUGUUUAGUUUAAGUUACAGAUUAGACUUAAACAAGGCGUCUUCCAAUUAUUUUGGAUGUGGAAUGCAUUUAUUUCCUUGUCCAUUGUUUUAUCCCACCAGUAAAAACAGAAAUUAGUUUUUGUUUUUUUUUUUCUUCUUUUUUUUUUAGAUUUUGUUUUACAAACUUUACAUAGUUUUCAUUUAAAUUAAGGAUUAUUUCAAAAAUAAAAAAAAAACAUCAGGUUUUCAUGGGUGCUGCAGGCUAUUAACUUAUAAUUUAUUUUUCAAUUCAUCUGCAUAUAUACAAUUGAUUUAGUUGCUUGCUUUGGUUGACUAAGAACUUUUUAUGAAUCUUACGUUGGAGUGGAGAGUACAGUACAUGUAAAGGUUUUAUAACAAAAUUUCAGGACUUGGAUCACUGUCUUGUCAUUUUUGUAAACCGAUUUGUAGUUCAAGGUCGUCCAAGUGGUCACUCAUAUGGAUCUAUCAAAAACAUAUUGGAAAUUUGCCUAUAUUACAUCUGUAAAUAUUAUAUAACUUAAUACUAGGGUAUAUUUGUAUUGUAUGAUUGUCUUUUUACUAUAAUAUAACUCUAACAAAAAUAUAUUUCAAAAAUGAUUUUUUUUUUUGACUGAACAUUUUUAUAAUACAAAAUUAGUUUUUUGGUUAAAAGUAAUUGAUUAAUUUUACCAGUUACAGAAGUUGUCAAACAUAUCAGACACAUUAUGUUAUUGUUAAUCUCCACAUACAUAAUCUUCACAAUGUAUCAUACAGUUGUAUAAUCACUAAUGGAUUUAAGAUGAUUUUAAAAUCCCAUUCAUAUUUUAAUUUUCGAUUUAAUGACAGUUUCUUUAUUUUAAAAAUUGCGCAUUAUUUUCCGUGCCUUUACGUGUUGCGCGGGUUAAAGCUUUCAUUACGUCACAUACCAUUGUAUAGAGAAAUCACUUGCAUUGUGAUUCUCUGACACUUUGUUGACAUGACCACUUAUGUAUUUGUUGUAACAAUAAGCAUUUUAGACAUUAUGACUAUUCUUCAUUCGCCAGUUUAUUUGGAGUUUUUUUUUCCCCAGGUAAACUUAUCUUGUAAAUGCUUUCAACUCUUACAUUGUAUUUUUAUUUUCGAAAUUAUGAUUUGUAAAAAUUAUACGACUAACAAUAAGUGAUAGUAAACUGGAUACUGUUUAGUUAUCAAAUGGUGGCGUAAGAAAAUCAAAAUGCCAUUUUAGCAUCUUAAAUGAAGAAGUAAAUGAUAUUCGUGUGAAAAUAGAA